GGCCUGUGCGUCCGGGUAGGUCCUGGCACGUCCCGGCUUGGGUUCGGGCUUAAGUCCAGGCUCAGGUCCCAGUGCCCGGAGUCACAAGGCCGGUUUCUGGGUGGAGCGCACCCCUGUGCACGAGGCAGCUCAGCGGGGCGAGAGCCUUCAACUUCAGCAGCUGAUUGAGAGUGGAGCGUGUGUUAAUCAGGUCACCGUGGACUCCAUCACGCCCCUUCAUGCUGCCAGUUUGCAGGGCCAGGCCCAGUGUGUGCAGUUGCUGCUGGCAGCUGGUGCCCAGGCUGUCAACUUGCUUAGCAGAGCUGUCAGAAUCUGCGGCAGCACCUAUGCUGGUGCUCACAACGAAUACCGCUCUCUGUUCUCGGAGCUCACCUGGUGAGAGCAGAGCGAAGGCAGCGCACCAUUGCACCAUUUACUCUUCCCCAAAGCUAGCAAUGGAACAAGUUUCGCGGUUUUCACUGUGUAGAAGCCAAACUUCGGUGGAUGCGCGCAACAUUGAUGGCAGCACCCCUCUUUGUGACGCUUGUGCCUCAGGCAGCAUCGAGUGUGUGAAGCUCCUGCUAUCCUAUGGGGCGAAGGUCAACCCUCCUUUGUACACAGCGUCCCCGCUGCACGAGGCCUGCAUGAGUGGGAGUUCUGAAUGUGUGAGGCUUCUUAUUGAUGUUGGGGCCAACCUGGAAGCUCACGAUUGCCAUUUCGGGACCCCUCUCCAUGUUGCCUGUGCACGAGAGCAUUUGGACUGUGUCAAAGUGUUGCUCAAUGCAGGGGCCAAUGUGAAUGCAGCGAAACUUCAUGAGACCGCCCUUCACCAUGCAGCCAAAGUAAAGAAUGUCGACCUCAUUGAGAUGCUCAUAGAGUUUGGAGGCAACAUCUACGCCCGGGACAACCGGGGGAAGAAGCCCUCGGACUACACCUGGAGCAGCAGCGCCCCGGCCAAGUGCUUUGAGUACUAUGAAAAGACACCUCUUACACUCUCACAGCUCUGCAGGGUGAGCUUGAGGAAGGCCACUGGUGUUCGAGGGCUAGAGAAAGUCGCCAAGCUAAACAUCCCUCCGCGGCUCAUCGACUACCUUUCCUAUAACUGAGCUGCAAAGCAGGGGCUGGAUAGGCUGGUGACUUGCCUGGCUAUCGCCUUGCUGUGCCUAGCCUUGGGCCCUAAGGAGUUCUGCCUGGUUCUCUGAAACACUGUCGUUGCUAUAGAUAGAUUGACGCUGCUGCGCUGUGUUCUUUUUGGCUGUCCUUUGGACGUCUUCCUCUGAACCCCGGGGAAGAUCUCUGAAGCACCAGGUGGCCUGUGUCUGACGUCACAGUUGUGGAUGUUGCUAGUCUUCUGGAACUAAUGCUGUCAUUCUAGGCUGGGCUCAGUUCUUCAGCUUUCCUCUUGUCACUGCUUCCCUCUAAGGCACCCAAGACAGGCAGUUCAAGGUGCACAGGGAAUGCUGGGAACUCAGGACACUGAUGUUGAUUUUCCUAUAUCUGGGUGCCAUGCCGCAGAAGCAUCAGGUUCUAAGCACCUGACCCAGUGACCUGGAAUGACCA